CGCGGGUAUUAAUAGGCAGCGCCGCCCCGCAGGCGCAGCCCGACCGCCGCGCCCUCGGCAGCAGGGGCUGGGAGCAGCGGAGCCCGGAGCCCGGAGCCUGGAGCCCUAGCCCGGGAGUCGGAGCCGCCAGAGCAGCCGGAGCCGCGGGGAUCUGCAGGCGCUUGGGAGGUAUCCCAUAAGCCGCUUCCGUCAUGGGGGAGAUAGAGCAGAAGCCAACCCCAGGAUCCCGACUGGGGGCCCCGGAGAACUCGGGGAUCAGCACCUUGGAGCACGGACAGAAGCCGCCCCCGACCCCGUCAGGAAAACUCAUGUCCAUCAAAAUCCAGAUGCUGGAUGACACCCAGGAGGCAUUCGAAGUUCCACAAAGAGCCCCGGGGAAGGUGCUGCUGGACGCAGUGUGCAACCACCUCAACCUCGUAGAAGGCGACUACUUUGGCCUGGAGUUUCCUGACCACAAAAAAAUCACGGUGUGGCUGGAUCUCCUAAAACCUAUUGUGAAACAGAUUAGAAGGCCAAAGCACGUUGUGGUGAAGUUUGUGGUGAAAUUCUUUCCACCUGACCACACGCAGCUCCAAGAGGAACUCACAAGGUACCUGUUUGCUCUGCAGGUGAAGCAGGACUUGGCUCAAGGCAGGUUGACGUGUAACGACACCAGCGCCGCUCUCCUGAUCUCACACAUCGUCCAGUCCGAGAUUGGGGAUUUUGAUGAAGCAUUGGACAGAGAGCAUUUAGCAAAAAAUAAGUACAUACCUCAGCAAGACGCGCUAGAAGAUAAAAUUGUGGAAUUUCACCAUAACCACAUUGGACAAACCCCAGCAGAAUCAGAUUUCCAACUCCUGGAGAUUGCCCGGCGGCUAGAGAUGUAUGGAAUCCGCUUGCACCCAGCCAAGGACAGGGAAGGCACCAAGAUCAACUUGGCCGUGGCCAACACGGGCAUUCUGGUGUUUCAGGGCUUCACAAAGAUCAAUGCCUUCAACUGGGCCAAGGUGCGCAAGCUGAGCUUCAAGAGGAAGCGCUUUCUCGUCAAGCUCCGCCCCGAUGCCAAUAGCUCCUACCAGGACACCUUGGAAUUCCUGAUGGCCAGUCGGGAUUUCUGCAAGUCCUUCUGGAAGAUCUGCGUGGAACACCACGCCUUCUUCAGACUCUUUGAGGAGCCCAAACCAAAGCCAAAGGCUGUGCUGUUCAGCCGCGGGUCGUCGUUUCGGUUCAGCGGCCGGACCCAGAAGCAGGUGCUCGACUAUGUCAAAGAAGGAGGCCACAAGAAAGUCCAGUUUGAGAGAAAGCACAGCAAGAUUCAUUCCAUCAGGAGCCUCGCCACGCAGCCUUCAGAAACUGACUCAGAGGUGCCAAAGCAGUCUCCGCAGAGCGCCAGCCUGACCUUCGGAGAAGGCGCCGACUCCCCCCGGGGCCAGAGCCGCCAGCAAGGGAAGGAACUGAAGGUCGCCGCCCCCUCCGCCGCCGCCCCCGCCCCCACGGAGGAUCCACGGCCACAGCCGGGGCCGCAGGCGAGCCCCGCUCUGCAGAGGAGCCCUGCGGGUAACAGGCAGGCGGACGGAGCCAGCCCGGCGCCGCCGGAGGAAGAGGAGGAGGUCCUUAAGGAUAGCACCCAGCAGAGUAAAGCCCAGCCCCCGCAGCCUUGCACAGGCUCCCUGACUGGUAGCCCUCACCUUUCAGAGCUGUCCAUCACCUCCCAGGGAGGAGCCGGCCCCACCAACGUGACCUUGUCUCCCAACCUGAGCCCUGACACCAAGCAGGCCUCGCCCUUGAUCAGCCCGCUGCUGAACGACCAGGCGUGCCCAAGGACCGACGACGAGGAGGAGAGCCGGAGAAAGAGAUUCCCGACGGACAAAGCCUACUUCAUUGCUAAAGAAGUCUCCACUACCGAGCGGACCUACCUGAAGGAUCUGGAAGUCAUCACCUCGUGGUUCCAGAGCACAGUCAGCAAAGAGGACUCCAUGCCCGAAACGCUGAAAAGUCUCAUCUUCCCCAACUUCGAGCCUCUGCACAAAUUCCACACCAAUUUUCUCAAGGAAAUUGAGCAACGACUCGCCCUGUGGGAAGGCCGCUCCAAUGCCCAGGUGAAAGGUGAUUACCAAAGAAUCGGGGACGUCCUGCUGAGGAACAUCCAGGGCAUGAAGCACCUGGCAGCUCACCUGUGGCGGCACAGCGAGGCCUUGGAGGCGCUGGAGAACGGGCUCAAGAACUCCCGGCGGCUGGAGAGCUUCUGCCGCGACUUCGAGCUGCAGAAGGUGUGCUACCUGCCGCUCAACACCUUCCUCCUGCGGCCGCUGCACCGGCUCAUGCACUACAGGCAGGUCCUGGAGCGGCUGUGCAAGCACCACCCGCCCAGCCACGCCGACUUCAGGGACUGUCGGGCCGCGCUGGCCGAGAUCACGGAAAUGGUGGCCCAGCUGCACGGAACGAUGAUCAAGAUGGAGAACUUCCAGAAGCUGCACGAACUCAAGAAAGACUUGAUCGGCAUCGACAAUCUCGUGAUCCCAGGGAGGGAGUUCAUCCGCCUGGGCAGCCUCAGCAAGCUCUCGGGGAAAGGGCUCCAGCAACGCAUGUUUUUCCUGUUCAACGACGUCUUGCUGUACACCAGCCGCGGGCUGACGGCCUCCAAUCAGUUUAAAGUCCACGGGCAGCUCCCGCUGUACGGCAUGACGAUCGAGGAGGGCGAGGCCGAGUGGGGGCUGCCCCACUGCCUGACGCUGCGGGGCCAGCGGCAGUCCAUCAUCGUGGCCGCCAGCUCCCGGGCCGAGAUGGAGAAGUGGGUGGAGGACAUCCAGAUGGCCAUUGACCUGGCGGAGAAAAGCAGCUGCCCCAGCCCGGAGCUCCUGGCCAGCAGCCCCCCGGAUAACAAGUCCCCCGAUGAGGCCACCGCGGCGGACCAGGAGUCAGAGGACGACCUGAGCGCCUCGCGCACCUCCCUGGAGCGCCAGGCCCCGCACCGCGGCAACACGAUGGUGCACGUGUGCUGGCACCGCAACACCAGCGUCUCCAUGGUGGACUUCAGCAUCGCCGUGGAGAACCAGCUGUCUGGGAACCUGCUGAGGAAGUUCAAAAACAGCAACGGGUGGCAGAAGCUCUGGGUGGUGUUCACCAACUUCUGCCUGUUCUUCUACAAGUCCCACCAGGACAAUCACCCCCUGGCCAGCCUGCCCCUGCUCGGGUACUCGCUCACCAUCCCCUCGGAGGCCGAGAACAUCCACAAAGACCACGUGUUCAAGCUGCACUUCAAGUCCCACGUGUACUACUUCAGGGCCGAGAGCGAGUACACGUUUGAGAGGUGGAUGGAGGUGAUCCGAAGUGCCACCAGCUCGGCCUCCCGGGCGCCCAGCGCGAGUCACAAGGACUCCCACGCAUACUGACGGCUUGCCUGGAGGGCCCGCUCUUCUGUGUGAUGCAGCCCAGUAAAAUUCACACCUGUCUGAGAAGCAAACACGGUGUCGCCGCCACUCUCGUCUGUCUCCCUUUGCAGAAGCGUCUCCUAACCUUGUCUUUUCAGCUGUUAAUUUCUCAUCGGAACCGGACCCCCGCCAGCUCCCCUCGGGGGCCGCUCUCCGGCUCACACCAGUAUUAAGGUGGCGUCGCCAACAGUGCCAAGCGACGCCGUGUGCACCGGGUGCCGACAGCCUCGUCCUCCAGGGCACCGUGCAAGCAGUGCGGCCGCAUCCGUUCAGCCCGACGGCGGCGCUGCCACGCUGCUUUGUCCUCAACCCUCCGUGGUCCCCGUCCCCGGGGACUUUCCAGUGUGUGACACGUGUGGCGUAGUCCUAAGCCAGCGAGAUCCUUUUCAGAUUUCGUUUUUGUCGGUCUUUCUACUUUUAUAAUAGGAGUUAGUAAGACUCACUUCUUUGAUUAAUAAGCAAUUUGCAGCACACUCCGUGUUCCCCGUGGCGGGGGUGGGGCAGGUCCUGCUCCCUGAGGCGCCCGUCACCAGCCCUCUUUCCUGACCAAAUCUGUCCCAGUGCCGACUGUGUCCAGACUGUGGCGGAGUUGCUUCUGCCAGCCCUCUGCCGUGCUGUGGGUGGUGUGUACAGUGGGAAGGUGUCUGGCGUGCUGUAGUGCUGUCUGUUCGCGAGCAUGAAAGCCUGUCACUGAGCAGGGCCGUGGGGCGAGCCGGGGGCGCCUGGGAGCCUCACGGGGUAACGGUACGUAGGCCCCCGCCCCGUGGCUCUGCCACUGUGGUUUGAAACUGCACAUUCUCUAGUAGUAUAUAUUGUGCCUGUCUUUACUCUUUUAUACGCAUCGCCCUGGGCAUGGGGCGUGGCUGCCGGGACCCACCAGUGAAAACCUUUGCCUCUUCUCCACGGUGAGCGGUGGCUGCUCUCCCUUAGCGUCCCCAAGCCCUUUCUAACGCAAGUCUUAAACACCCCGGAGGCGGUGGCCCACUGGGCCCCACCGCCAUCCUGGAGCUGGGACUGGUGCGCACGACUUAGACACCCACAGGCGCUGGAUACCUGUUCAUCAUUGCCUUACAGUGUGUACCAGACGGUUAAGUACUAACAAAAGGGAAUAAAAAUACCUCACGCCACAGUCCAGCUUAUGGAAGUUUUAAGGCAAAACAA